GCCGAGUGACAGACUGCGUUUCUGUAUUUUACACAAGAAAGCAAAGUGCACAAGAGCUGCAGGGUCGCACAUCAUGGGAGGGAAGGCAUUCAUCAUCGUGAUCAUGUCAGGGCUGUGUACCCUCCCCUCAUGUUUUCCUCGUCAGUACCACCUUGUUGAAGAGAAUAAGACCUGGAGUGAAGCCCGGAGCCACUGCAGGCAGUAUCACAAAGAUCUGGCCACCGUAGCCAGUAAGGAGGAAGUGGACGCACUGAAUGAUGUUUUGGCCAAACAUAAUCAGCAUGAGGUGUGGAUAGGGCUGCACGGCGGGUGGAGGUGGUCUCUGGAAAAUAAGACUUACUAUGGUGAAGGAGAAGCUGAGUUCAGGAUGUGGAAGGAAGGCCAACCCGAUAACUACAAGAAUGAAUACUGUGCCGUGUUGAAGGAUGAAAAAUGGUGGGAUCAUCGUUGCAAUUAUAAACGUUAUUUCAUCUGCUACAAUGGUGAUGUAAAAGCCCGAGGCCAGCCCAGAUUCAUCCUGGUGAGAGAACACAAGACCUGGACGGAGGCUCAGAGCCACUGCAGGCAGCACUACACAGACCUGGCCAGCGUGAGGAACCAAUCUGAGAACGAGGAGAUUUUCUCUUUGGUCAGCGACCAUGAGGAGGCCGUGUGGAUCGGCCUGUUCAGAGACUUGAAGUGGUCAGACGGGAGCGCCAUGUCAUUCACUAACUGGAACACAGAGAGGCCAGAUGGAAUAAACACACAGAACUGUGUGGCUACAACGAAUGGCAAAUGGAAGACGUCGCCUUGCAGUGACAGAAAAUACUUUGUCUGCUACGGUGCUGCUGAUGAGGAACCGCAGUGGAUCUUGAAGCCGCUCUGUUGCAACUGCUGCAACGAGCGACUGAGCGAGGCCUGAGUGACGGCGUCCAGAGGAGACGGGGGACGCAGCCUGAUGGACGAGGAAGAAAGUUGUCGCCUCAAAUAAUGACUUCGGCGAUUAUUCACUUGAUGAAAUGUUUCUCAUGACUUCAGAGAGAAAAAUCACAAUAUUUAUCAACACUCUAACAUAUUUCCACAUCAGAAUUAUGUUUUUCAUGGGGAUCUGCUUGGUUUUAGUUUCAGUGGAGUUUGAUUUUUGUUUCUUUUGGUUUGGUUCGGGUCUGGAAGGUGGAGGAGUUGCUUUUUUCUUCAUUCAUGUUUUAGCAGUUUGACAAACUUUUGAUGUGUUUUGUUU